UUGAACCCAGACGCCAUAUGAUACACUAUGAUUUUAAUAUUAUCGUUAAAAGAACUCCUCCAUUUUAACUUGAACAAAAAUGGGGUUUUCUUUGUUUCUCUCAUUUUGUUACAUCUGGUUAUCUUCAGCAUCACAAACUUCCACUGCAGCAACAGUAGUUUCAGACAUCUUGAGACCAAACCAGGUGCUUAAAGAUGGCCAAAAUUUGGUGUCAUCUGGGCAACGAUUUGAGCUUGGGUUCUUUAGCCCAGACAGUUCAAGUUCAAGCAACAGGUAUUUGGGCAUUUCAUACAAGAAUAUCCCUCUUACUGUGGUCUGGAUCGCCAAUAGAAACAACUCAAUCCCUGGGCUUUCAGGGUCACUGUCAAUGGGCUCAAAUGGGUUCUCACUUUUUGCUAAUAGUUCAGUUGCUAUUUGGUCUGUCAAUGCCACCGCGGUACUAAAAAGUCCCAUUUUGCAGCUAUUGGAUAAUGGCAAUCUAGUUUUUAGAGAGGAAAAUAAUGGUGAUUCGGAAGGGUAUAUUUGGCAAAGUUUUGAUUACAUAACUGACACCUUGUUGCCAGACAUGAAGCUCGGUUGGAAGCUUAGAAAUGGCCUUCACAUGUACAUGAGAUCAUGGUCAUCUGCUAAUGAUCCCUCUGUUGGGGAGUUCAGUUUUAGUUUGGACCCACCUGAGACACCUCAGUUGGUGUUGAGGAAAGGGACACAGAAGAGGAAUAGGUGGGGUCCAUGGGAUGGAGCCAGGUUCAGUGGCAGUGCUGCACUGAGGUCCAAUCCUGUGUUCAUUCCUAUGUUCAAUUCAAGCAUUGAGGAGGUUUAUUAUACAUUCAAAAUUGUAGACCAAUCAUUGUUGUCAAGGUUUGUGGUGACCCAAGAUGGUUUGAUUCAGUACCUACAAUGGAGUAAGAAUAGCAAUGAGUGGGCUAUAAUGGUUACACUUCAGAGGGACAGUUGUGAUAGCUAUAUGGUUUGUGGGCCUUAUGGCAAUUGCUAUGAUGGUCCAAAAUGUGAGUGUUUGAAUGGUUUUAGGCCUAAGUCACCUGUGGAUUGGGCACGGGUUGAUUGGUCAGGUGGGUGUGUGAGGAAGUGGGAAUUGGACUGUGGGAAUGGAGAUGGCUUUGUCAAGUAUGGAGGAAUGAAGUUGCCUGAUAAUUCGCAUUUGGCGGCAAGUAGGAAUUUGAGCCUUGAGGAAUGUAGGUCUGUGUGUUUGGGGAAUUGUUCAUGUAUGGCUUUUACUGUGAUAGAUAUCCAUGGAAAUGGAGGAGACUGUGUGUUGUGGUUUGAUGAUUUGCUUGAUAUGAGAGAUUUUUCAGGAGGUGGGGAUGAUCUCUAUAUAAGAAUGGCGAAAGAGGAACUCGAGGCAAUUGCAGAUGCUAAGAGGGAUAGACGAGUGAAGGUGAUUGUCACUAGCAUCAUAUGUUCAGUUACUGGGAUGCUUCUAGUUGGCAUCAUUGGCUGGUACACUUGCCGAAUGAGAAGGGCAAGGAGAUGGAGAACAGCUGAAAGCUUAAACAGUUCCCAUAGAGAUUUCACAGAAGAAACUCAGGAGGAAGACCUUGAGCUACCUCUUUUUGAUCUGGAGACUGUUUCUGCUGCUACUGACAAGUUCUCCUUUAAAAAUAAGAUUGGACAGGGUGGCUUUGGUCCUGUCUACAAGGGUGUAUUGCCAACUGGACAAGAAAUUGCAGUGAAGAGGCUUUCUCAAAAUUCUGGACAAGGCAUCAAUGAGUUUAAGAAUGAAGUUAUAGUGAUUGCGAAACUUCAACACCGUAAUCUUGUUAAGCUCUUGGGAUGCUGCAUUCAAAGAGAAGAAAGAAUGCUAAUCUAUGAGUAUCUUCCAAACAAAAGCUUGGACAACUUUCUCUUUGAUGAGACUAGAAAGAAGUUGACUUGGAAGAUGCGCUUUGACAUCGUUAUGGGAAUAGCACGAGGACUUCUAUAUCUUCAUCAAGACUCUAGGUUAAGAAUCAUCCAUAGGGAUCUUAAAGCAAGCAACAUCUUACUAGACAAUGAGAUGAACCCCAAAAUCUCAGACUUCGGCAUAGCAAGAAUUUUUGGAGCAGAACAAACAGAACAAAUGACCAAGAGAGUAAUGGGAACAUAUGGCUAUAUGUCUCCAGAAUAUGCAAUGAGUGGGCACUUUUCAGUGAAAUCAGAUGUCUUCAGCUUUGGUGUGUUACUAUUAGAGAUAAUAAGCGGAAAGAAAAACUGGGGAUUUUAUCACCCUGGCCAUGAUCUCAACCUACUAGGACAUGCAUGGAAGUUAUGGAAUGAAGGGAAACCAUUGGAACUCAUGGAUGCACUCAUUGAUGAAUCAUAUUCUGAGAAUGAAGUGAUAAGAUGUAUCCAAGUGGGUCUUUUGUGUGUGCAACAACGCGUGGAAGACAGACCAACUAUGUCAUCUGUGUUAUUGAUGUUGUCAACUGAGAAUGCAAUGGUGCGCCAACCCAAGGAACCUGGUUUUGUCACUGAAGCUUCUUCUAUGGGAAUGGAUACAUCAUCAUCUAGUGGAAAAAAUCCUUAUACUGCUAACGAGGUUACUGUCACUAUUUUAGAUGCAAGAUAGAAGAGGUGUUUGGGUUACAAAUGUUUAUAGAUUUAUUUAUAGAUUUGCAUGAUAGAAGAAUUGUUUUGGUUAUAAAUCCUCACAAAUGUUUUGCAGAUUUUAUGUUGUACAGUUCUCCACAGAGUAGCAAAACUAAUUACAUAAUUUUUAAGAUUGGUUUAUGACAUGACAAUCAACAUUUAGAGCACUCACAGGUAGGGCAGUUGUGUGUCACAUCUCAUAAAGUUUUGAAUUUUGGGUCCUUGUUGACUGUGAUCACCAUACAUGGGUCAUUAGAAUGAAAAAUUAUUAGAU